AUGCUUAACACGGACCCCACCUUCCAAAACGCGUCCACCAGUGGACCUCUUGACGAUACGAUUUCGACAAGAUUCCAAGGAGAGGAAGGGAACGUCGCACUUUCGACCCCAAAAAGAGUAAACGGUGGAUGCCAUCAUGCAUGCCGAAUCUGUGGAAAGACUACCGGCCACCUCUCGCGCCAUGAACCGACCCAUCCAGGAAGACGGCCUUAUCCUUGUCCCCUUGACUCAUGCGGGCGCCGCUUGUCCCGCCGUUCCAAUGUACGACGUCACCUGCGAAACGUUCAUGGUCACUUACCCUCGCCUUGUGAUUCGGAUACCUCCCUUGUCGCGCUUCAACGCCAAAGUUACCCUCCCAAUACCUCCUCUUCACCCAUCCCAAUGUGAGUCUGUAUUCCCCAACGAUAUCAAUCCAAGCCGCGAGGAAGUUGCUCCUCCAGUCGCAAACACUGCCGACACUCUCAAGCUGCGCGAGGAUUUAUUGACAACUCCAUUAUCGCCUUUAUCCUCCCGUUCACCAAGUCCGCCUCCAUCACCCACACCCAAACUUCCAGAGACUACAGACUCCCCUUUGCACCAAUGUUCCCUCUGCUCCAAAACCUUCCUUCGCGCAAGUGCCCUGGAACGCCAUAGGCGCAUACAUACUGGAGAAAGACCGUUUGUUUGUGAACAUUGCAAAUAUGCAUUCCAGCAACGGUACCACCUCAAGCGCCACCUGAAAACCGUCCAUCGCCGCCCACCUCGAGUCUCGAAUACACGCUCAACAUUGACAACCCUAAUUCCAUCGGAGACUUCUGUGGAACGCGGUGCUUCGCCAGCUACAAUUUAUUCAUCUCCGUCUCCACCUCCGGCAUCCAAUUCUCCCAUAAAUGAUGAUCCUCUGGACCUGCCUCUGCCAGUGGCGCAACUUGAAGUACCGCCGACACCAGCUGCCUCAGACCCUAGUAUGUUACCGCCAGAACUUGAAGUCCUCUCCAAAUCUGUUGUCCUUGACCCUCCCCCGCCCGCUCUGUCUCGAAAACGACAACCUAUAUUCAUGCGGCGCCCAGAAACGGUUUUGCUGCCGCCAAGAUACUGCGAUCUCUUGCAGCGGAAAAUGGCUUUCCACCUCGCUGCAAUGUUCCCCGACAGACCCCCUUCUUGA